AUGAAGUUCUUCAUAGACGAUCUCCCCGUCCUCUUCCCGUAUCCCCGCAUAUAUCCCGAGCAAUAUGCCUACAUGUGCGAUCUUAAGAAGACUCUGGACGCAGGGGGUCACUGCGUCCUUGAGAUGCCUUCGGGAACUGGAAAAACCAUAUCGCUGUUGUCCUUGAUUGUUGCCUACCAGCAGUUCUAUCCUGAGCAUCGGAAAUUGAUUUACUGUUCCCGGACCAUGUCAGAGAUCGAGAAGGCUUUGACAGAGCUGAAGGCGCUGAUGAAAUAUCGCUCGCAACAGCUGGGUUAUACUGAAGACUUUCGAGCGUUGGGACUCACCAGUCGAAAGAACUUGUGUCUGCACCCAUCGGUCAAGAGAGAGAAAAGCGGGACGGUUGUCGACGCCAGGUGUCGAAGUUUGACGGCUGGGUUUGUAAAGGAAAAGAAAGAGAGAGGUGAGGAUGUCGAGCUCUGCAUAUACCACGAGAUGCCGUUCUGUAAUGUCAUUAUUUAUUCGUACCAUUAUCUUCUCGACCCAAAAAUUGCAGAGAGGGUAUCCAGAGAGUUAUCCAAAGAUUGUAUUGUGGUCUUUGACGAGGCUCACAAUAUUGACAAUGUCUGCAUUGAAUCGCUCAGCAUCGAUAUAACGGAAGACUCUUUGCGAAAAGCAUCCAGGAGCGCCGCCAAUCUCGAGCGCAAGAUUGGCGAAAUGAAGAGCACGGAUGCAGAGAGGCUCCAGAACGAAUAUGCUAAGCUAGUGGAAGGUCUUCGUGAAGCCGAAGAAGCGAGAGACGAAGAGCAGUUUAUAGCAAACCCAAUACUUCCUGAUGACCUACUCAAAGAAGCGGUGCCUGGAAAUAUUCGGCGAGCGGAACACUUCGUGGCCUUUCUCAAAAGAUUUAUUGAGUAUCUCAAGAUGAGAAUGAAGGUCACACAUACCAUAUCCGAAACUCCUCCUUCUUUCCUAGCGCACCUCAAAGACUUGACGUUUAUCGAACGGAAACCGCUUCGAUUCUGUGCCGAGCGACUGACUUCCCUGGUUCGCACGCUGGAACUCCUUAACCUUGAGGACUACCACUCACUCCAAGAGGUCGCGACGUUUGCCACACUCGUAGCUACAUACGAUAAGGGCUUCUUACUUAUCCUUGAGCCAUUUGAAUCCGAAACUGCUACUGUUCCGAAUCCCGUAUUACAUUUCACGUGUCUGGAUGCUGCAAUCGCGAUUAAGCCGGUCUUUGAUCGGUUUAGCUCUGUCAUCAUUACCUCUGGAACUCUCUCGCCUCUCGAGAUGUACCCGAAAAUGUUGGGAUUCACGGCCGUUCUACAAGAGUCAUACAGUAUGACUCUCGCCCGUCGCUCUUUCUUGCCAAUGAUUGUGACGCGCGGUUCAGAUCAGGCGCAGAUCUCAUCUUCCUUUCAGAUUCGGAACGACCCUGGAGUCGUGCGGAAUUACGGAAACUUACUGCUCGAAUUCUGUCGUAUAACCCCUGAUGGGAUUGUCGUCUUCUUUCCUUCGUAUCUCUACAUGGAGUCCAUUAUCAGCAUGUGGCAAGGAAUGGGCAUUUUGGAUCAGAUUUGGAACUAUAAGUUGAUCCUCGUGGAGACUCCAGACUCUCAAGAGUCAUCUCUUGCCCUAGAAACGUAUCGGACAGCAUGCUGCAAUGGUCGCGGGGCUGUCUUGCUCUGCGUCGCACGAGGAAAGGUGUCUGAAGGAAUAGAUUUCGACCACCACUAUGGCCGUGCUGUUAUAUGCAUUGGCGUCCCAUUUCAGUAUACAGAGUCGCGCAUAUUGAAAGCACGCCUGGAGUUCCUUCGAGAGAACUACCGUAUCCGCGAGAAUGACUUCUUGUCAUUCGAUGCCAUGAGGCACGCUGCACAGUGUCUGGGCCGUGUGCUUCGGGGUAAGGAUGAUUACGGAAUAAUGGUUUUAGCUGACCGACGCUUUCAGAAAAAGCGUACCCAGCUUCCCAAGUGGAUCAGUCAAGCACUGCUCGAGAGUGAGACGAACCUCAGCACGGAUAUGGCCGUCGCCACAGCGAAGAACUUCCUCCGGACGAUGGCGCAACCUUUCAAAGCGAAAGACCAAGAGGGAAUCUCGACAUGGAGCUUGGCAGAACUCGAGCAACAUGUUGCGAAGCAGAAAGAGGAGCAAGCACGGCUCAUGAGAGAGGCGGCAGCCAAUGACCAAAUGAAUAACGGGGCUCAUGGAGCCACUGUUCAGAGGGAGGAAUUCGAUGAUGAUAUUGACGAAGAACUUAUGAUGUUAGAUGCAGACUGA